GAGAGAUUUUUGCAAUUGAUUAAUAGAGGAAAGAAAGGCUAAAAGCAAGGAAGGCAGUCGACAACAUCAUCUGCAAAACGGCAUAGCGCACACACAGAGCAACAGAAACAGCAUCAUCAAUCUCUCUCUCUCUCUCUCUCCAAUGGCCCCAGUUGGACCAAAUUUUAUGCGCAACAAAUUCCAAAAACAAAACACUGAAAAUGGGUGCAGAUUUCUUCAAAUCCCCAUUUUUCUUCUCUCUCUCAUCAAACCCAAUUUGCGAGAAUUGCCCACUCAUUUUUCCCUUUUGGGCCUCUUCUUAGUUGUCUUCUAGGUCACACCAUCAUCACCAUCCAACAAUCUCUCCAUUCUCUCUUCUGGGUCCUUCUGCGAUCGCCGCCCCAUUUUCCCCUUCUUCCGUUUCCAUUUCCGAUGAAGAAAGCUCGGAAACCGGCGGCCAUGGAUUUCGACGCCUAUGCUCUAUUCGAGACCCCCAUGAUCGGGACCAAGCACCACCGUCUCUUGCAGGAUUACGAGGACCUGGAGAAUGCAACAGAAGUCAUGAAAGAAGAGUUGCUGAUUGCAAAGCGGAAAAAGUCGACCCUCUUGGCUGAAGUUCGAUUUUUGAGGCAUAGAUAUGAGUUCUUGAAGAACCAAUCUCUGAACUCCCAGCCAAAGCAUGGUCUCGAGCCACCACAAAACCAUGAAAUCCGACCUCCUAACGCUAAGAAAGAAAAGAGUUCUCAAAAAAGGGAAGCUUCUUUGAAACUCCUUGCUGAGGCUCAGGCUCAAGAUUUAAAUCAGAGGGGAGGAAUCUAUGAUGGGAUGGAAGCUGCCUCUCGAAAAUCUCGGUUGGUUUUUCACAUGAACCAGAAGCCAAGAAUGUGUAGCGACAACGAAGUCUCUAUGCACAAUUCUUCUCCGAUUUUCAACCAUAAAGAGAUACUAUACAGAGUACACGAAGCUGCUGCCGACCGAAACAUGACUCCGGUUUUCGACCUAAACCAGAUCUCGAGAGAGGAAGAAGAAUUGCAGGCUGGUUUCGAACCACCGAGAAUGGAGGAGGGGCCGAAGAAUAGCUUUCUAAGAAGCGAAAACGACGGGAAGAACAGUGACCUGAUGAUAUCACCGAUGUGUAGGAAUGUUGGCAGUGGCUCAAACAGAGCAGGAAAAAGGAAGAUCUCAUGGCAAGAUCAAGUAGCUUUAAGAGCAUGAAAUUGUCUCUUAUUGAAAGUGCCAUUCAAGAUCUUUCAUAUGCAUAGGUUACAAAACUUGGCUUCCUUGAAAUUGAAAUUCCAUUAUCAUCCAUCAUUAUUAUUUUUUAAUUGUGAAUGUUCGGGUUAGUUCAUCUAUGCUUCAAUAAAGCAUAAUCUUAACCUGGAGAGAAUUGUCUGAUUCUAUUAUAUUUUGGUAAUGGAAAGUCGUAGGAUAUAUGAUAUUUUGAGUAGGCAA